GUGUUUUGGUAAACUGUACCUUUAAGGGGACCCGGAAGUGGUAGUAAAAACGGACGUUCAGAAUUCUCAAUGUAACUUACUGAGAUUAACUUUAUUAAGACUUAAUACUGUGCGCAAGUAGUGUUUAAGAAUCAACAAAAUGUAUCUUACCACCGUAAAUAUGGCCAAAGCAAAAGCAAAGACCAUCCUGGUGCAGAUGGUGAGCGCUGCAGGGACAGGCUACGCCUUCAACACAAAGAGGAACCGUCUCCGAGAAAAACUGGUGCUGCGCAAACAUGAUCCAUUUGUGAACAAGCAUGUCCUAUUCUUUGAGAAGAGGAAGAUCAGAUCGAUUUAACAGCGCACCAAAAUAUAUGGACAACAUAAACCUAUGUUGCCAUGGGUUAUACGAGGUGUUUGUCAUUCAACAUCUGACUGGCAUCUGACAUGUUCAGAGGACUUGGAUUUGUUUCCCCCCUGCACCAGUUAAGCAUGCACCCUGAGCGACAUCUUGAGUAUUGCUACCUUAAACGAGAAAUUGCUACUCCUGUAAAACUGAGGUUUUUUUUAUUGAGACCACCAUAAGUGUGUUGGUCUACACAUUUCAUUUAUGGUCGUAACAUGUUUUAUGGCUGUUCAGCAUAUCUAUUGUUGUAGAAAAUAAAAUAUAUUUAAACCUGGUACAUGCAAUUAAACCAUUUACAAAA